AUGACUGAUCAAAGAGCUAAAGAAUAUUUCGACCAGCUCCAGACCGCCAUAGAUGAAGAGAGGACGAGUGAUAUCAUUGAUAUCUCCACACAAAUCCUCAACUUCAUGCCAGGCGAUUUUGAGCUUUUACUUUGCAGAGGUAUCGCAAAUCUCCAGGAAGGAGAGUACGAAGAUGCCUGGAAUGAUAUCAAAGGCUUAAAGGGCUGUGAGUUCGAGAAGGCUUACUGCCUUUACAAGCUCGAACGCUUCCAGGAAGCCAUCGAAAUCUACAACAAAGUUAGCAACGACAUGAAGAACGAAGAACGCUUUAUCCACCUUGCCGCACAAAUUCUCUUCCGUCUCGACAAGGGCGCUGAAGUUCUUAAACUUUACGAAAACCUUCCAAAGGAUGAUGACAACUACGAGGAUGUUUUAGUCAAUAUUUCUGCUGCUUGCGCUAUUUCUCACAACUCCAGUGUUGCCCUCUCAAAGGUAACAGAAGAUUCCCAAGCAGAGCAGAUUUACAACACAACAAUUGCUUUAAUCGAAGAUGGACAGAAGGAUAAGGCCAUUGAGUUCGUCGAACGCGGCUACGCUAUGAUUGAGAAGAAAGACUCUCUCAUUGGCCAGCUUUUCGACAUUCUCCGCUCAAUUAUCCCAUCAAUCCCAGCCGGAUCAGACUUCGACCCAGCCAAGGUUCUUCUUGCUCUUGCAGAAAACGAGAAUGCCAACAAGUACGCUCGUACAGUCGCUGCUUGCGAUUAUGUUGCUAUUAAUCCAGAUGAUCGCGCAAACCACAAGAAGUUCCGCCAUCUCUACAGCGAUGUUGUUACAAACGGUAUCCGCAAGACAGAAGUCGAAGGAUUCCUCGUCAACCAGUUCGUAUUAGCUCAUAUGUUCGGUGAAACAAAGAAGACUCAGGGUAUCGCUGGUGAAGCUGCCAAGCUUACUGUCAUCGAUCCUCUCAUCGCCGAAGCAUUUGCACGUACAGUUGACCCAACAAAGGCUACAAAGACACAAUAUUCAGAUUUAUUCUCCGCACAAGCCAAGAUCCAAGAAAGCAAGUACGUAGAAGCUGCCCAGAUCCUCGCCGCUUCAUCUUUCGCAAAGGAACCACGUACAAUCGCAGUUAUUGCCGAACUUUACAUUGCAGGCAAAGAUGAGGACGCCGCUAUUGCUUUCCUCAAGAAGAACGAAAGCGACAAUGCCGACUACCUCGAAUUCGCUUGCAGAUUCGCUCUUAAGCACAAUCACCCACAAGAUGCUGCCAAAUGGGCCAAUACACUUACAAAAGCAACAGGAAAUGCUCCAUGGUCUGUUGCACUUCUCGCUACAUCAUACGCUACAAUCGAUCUUGAAAUGGCCGAACGUUACGCAAAUAGAUUGAAAGCUUCAGGAAUUUCCGAUGCAGAAGCCGACAAUCUCGAGAAGGCCACACUCGUCGACAAGCUUACAACACGUGCCAACGACAACGCCGAGCCAACAACUGCAUUCGACAAAGUCAUGGCCAAACCAAAGGGAAAGAGAGAUCUCGAGUCCAUGUCAGAGGAGAAGAGGAAGGCAAUCAAGGACAAGCACAGAAGGAGGAGGCGUCUUCAGCUCCCAAGAAACUACGAUCCAAACAGAAAGCCAGACCCAGAGCGCUGGAUCAGGAAGUCACAGCGCGCUGCAAACAGAAACAGAAGGAAGGCAAAGGCUCCAGUCGCAAAAACAGCUGGUCUCGGUGGCAAAGUCAUCGAAGCUCCUAAGAAUCCAAACCAGAACAAGAAGAAGGGAAAGAAGCAUCGCUGGUAA